GACGACAAUGCAGGCUGCACAACUACCUCCAGAAAUAUGGUUGCAUAUCUUUCGUUGGGCCACAUCUCCAUUGAGCUCUGGGUCUUUCGCUCUCACAUAUGAGCCAUUUCAGAUAGGCUCAGAGGAUGUCCUCAAAGCCACCUUGCAAGCGAAGUAUGCCAUCGUGCGUGUUUGUCAGCUUUGGCGAGCACUUGCGAUGGAUUUACUAUACGAAGAUGUGAGGGUUAGGCACGGUAUGCACUUACUUGCCAGUGCUCUUAAGGGCGAUGAAUGUUUGGCAGAGGGGAACGGACGAUGGGUUCGACGACUCGAGUUACCAUAUGCGCACACAACCACCGCUACUAGCGAUAGCUCUGUCACCGCUCUUGAUAUCCUCAAAAAUUGCCCAACCCUUGAAGUUUUAACCAGGCCUUUCCCCCCAGAAUCAGCAGACAAUAUGCGCUUUGAAUUCAGCGCAGAACACGUCGUCUUGACGUCAUUGAAACGCCUGGAAUGGUGGCAUUAUAAUGGAGCUGCCCGCUCAGGUGGAAUCAAUUCACUCUACGAUGUCCUAAAGAAUGCUCCCAACUUACAAUAUCUCGCUGUCGGCGGAUCAGUGUUACCGAGAUUCAUCUCCGUGGCUCCUCUGUGUCUUACAGCAUUAUCAACACUUCGUCUACGGAAAAUGAACCACCUAUUUAUUCGCCAAAUAUGCCGGUGGGACUUCCCAUCUCUCGAGCAUGUCAUCGUCGAUGUACCUGAAACGUGGCAUGGAGCACUAGAGGACUUUUGGGAGGCCUUUGGUGAUCGCCUUCGCACGGUCGAACUUGGACAAAAUCUCGCAUUUUGUGUGGGUGAUCAAAUUACAGCCAUUCUACAGGGCUGUCCGAGGUUAAAAGAGCUGAAUUAUUACGUGUUCUUUGCUUCUCCUGUUCGCUUUACUUUUGUUCACUCCUCCAUCUCUUGUAUAAGGCUACAUGCUCACCCCAACCUUAUCCUGCUUCAUGAUGGCUGGGACUUCUUGGCUGAGCACCUGGCUUUCCUGGCGGGACCGUCACUACCUGCUCUUCGUUACGUCAUAUUCCACGGAGAUUGGAAGGUCAUCAUCGAAGAUGCUCGGUUUGCGUCUUUGCACGCCGCAUUGCUCAACCGUGGAUGUAUUAUCAAAUACGCAACAGGAAGUUUACUUCUCGGUUCCCCGCAGAACUCCUUGAUGAGCGCACCAUCGCAUGUGCAACUCUGCUAAGUAUUUAGCCGUUCCCCAUUUACGGAGGAACGCCACGCUAAGGCCUGUAGUCCAUCUCUCUCUCGUGACCUACGUGUGCUGGAUUCCGCACAGUUUUGGUUAAUUAUUAUCAUGGACGCGGGCUAUCUUGUUAUCGCCGAUUACUCAAAAUCUAGCAAUGGCCUUUUAAAUUCUUAUUUACGCAUAGGUAGUCUGUUGCUUAAAAUCGUGAGUUAUAUUGGACAAAUGUCAACACGCUGAGCCUAUCACGAUGACUAAGUACUGGCCGGCGACAGUUAUUUUUAUUUUUGGCCAGGUUUAGCCGCAUCAAGAGGUCACUUUCCCUGUGUGUUGUCCUGACAUGUGCUAGGGUAAUGGAUUUUCCGAAUCAUCAUCGAAGUGACCCACUUUGACGUGGAAUGCCGAGCUUAAAUGGGGCUCACUUUCUCAAGUUAUCUUGUAAUCAUCGUCGUCUUGACUUGCAUGGCGAAUACGAAAGACUUUCAAGUAGCCAUUGUGGGCGGUGGAAUAGUAGGACUCGUAUGCGCAGCUGUUUUAACACAGGCCGGUAUUCGGGUUGAUCUGUUCGAGUCCGCAUCGAAGUUUGGAGAAGUUGGCGCUGGCGUUGGACUGGGUGUGUCGAGUUUUCUCAAUCAAGGAUAUAGGGCUGAGCCUUUUUUUCGCAGGUCCUAAUGCUGUUCGUGCGCUGGAUGCAAUGGGCCUUUUCCAAGCUGUUUUGGCGAAGGCGGACCAAGAAACUCCAGAUAUGAGAGCUUUCCGUAUUAUAUCCUGUUCUCCUGGCCACGAACACAUUUUGGACUACCCGUAUUUACCGGAAGAUAAUGGUCUAGGCAUUCACAGGUAGUUCUGUGCGAGAUUCUGGAUGCGCCAUGCUAAAUGAUCUUGGUUUUAGGGCGGCUUUUCUCGAUGCCCUGAUUCCCUUUGUGGAUCCGGAUACGACUCACUUCAAUAAGCGUUGUACGAACGUCACGCCAUCCUCUAACGCUGGCACCCCACGCUCUAUCUUGCAUUUUACUGAUGGGACCACGUUCGCGGCCGACCUUGUACUGGGUGCUGACGGGAUAAGGAGCACCAUUCGUAACGUUGUCUUAGGCGUUCCCGGCUCUGAAGUGCAGCGCGUACACUUUGCCAAUACUGUUGCUUACCGUGCUUUGAUACCACUCGAUGACGUCAAACGUGCUGGUGUGAAAACUGAUCUUUCUGUGCGCCCAAUUUGCUGGACUGGUUUGCAU